AUGGAAUAUGAUUCGUCUAGUUCAAAUGAUUCGUCUUCGUCUAGUGACGAAGAUUUUAUAAUUGGUGUAUUGCAGGUAUUACCGAGACCACGAUAUUUUCGUGACAGAUCGAAUCCUUUCAGUGAAUAUGACGAUACGGAUUUCAAACAGAGAUUCAGGCUGUCUAAAAUGAUGUUCAUUGAGUUGCUAAACAUGAUACAAGAUGAUCUUCAUCAUAAUUCACACCGGAACAUGUCUUUGUCACCAAUGCUUCAGCUUCUGAUUGCACUUAGAUACUAUGCAACUGGUGCUUUUCAAGCAGUUCUAGGAGACCAUAUAUGUGUACAUAAGUCAACAGUUUGUCGUAUUGUUAAAAAAGUGUCUACAUGUAUUGCAACCCUAAAACCACAAUACAUUCAAAUGCCUAGAACAGAACUAGAGAGAGAAUCAGUGUAUGAAGGUUUCAAUCAAUUGCGUCAAUUUCCCAAUGUUAUUGGUGCAAUUGAUUGUACUCAUAUAAAAAUACAGUCUCCCAAUAGUAAUAUUGGAGAAAGGUUUAGAAAUAGAAAAGGAUAUUUUUCCAUAAAUGUUCAAGCUGUUUGUAAAAGUAAUUUACAAUUUACAAAUAUUGUGGCUCGUUGGCCUGGUUCGGUUCAUGAUUCUACCAUAUUCGACAAUUCACUAUUGAGAGCACAAUUUGAAAAUCAUGAAUUUGGAGAUGCUCUACUUCUAGGAGAUGGAGGUUACGCAUGUAGAAACUAUUUGAUGACCCCUCUUGCUAAUCCAAUUACCGAAGCAGAAAAACGUUAUCAGAAAGCCCAAAUCGGUACCAGAAAUGUUAUAGAACGAACAUUUGGUGUGUGGAAAAGACGGUUCCCAGUAUUGUCUGUUGGUAUUCGGACACAAAUACCAACUACUUUGCUAACAAUCAUCGCCACAGCAGUGUUACAUAAUAUGUUGAUUAAAGCUAAUGAUCCCUUACCUAUAGAUGAUACUCUCCUAAAUGAAAAUUUGCUUCGACAAGUUCCAGUUUACCCUGUACAACAAACUGGAAAUAUAGUGCGCCGAACAUUAAUUGAGACUGUAUUUAAUUAA